AGCAUAAAAUUAAAGAAAUUUAGCAACCAUGGUGAUCAAUUUCAACGCUUGGCUUCCUUUCUUGUUGUUGGUGUCUUCUCUUUUCCUUGCUUUCUCCGUGUCUUCCACUCUUGGUCUAGAUAAAGACCAGCAAUGUCAACAAGAAUGUAUGGACUUCCAAGGCCUACCAAAGAGCUCCGCAUGUUUGGCCCGAUGCAAGAAUAUGGGGCCCUCGUCGGGUCCUCCGGUUGCUGGCGGGCUGGUGUGGUACAGCCAAUCUCAUGGUCAGGAAUGCCGACAGGAGUGUGAGAAGCAGGGAACACGGGUCCCGCUGGAACAUUGUCAAAGGCAGUGCAUCCAUCAACGUCAGUUCGAGCAGUGCCACAAACAAUGGCAACAGAUCAUUCAGUCGUCGGAGAUAUGCCAGAAGAUUUGCCGCCAGAAAAUUGAGGGAGGACAAGGUGAGGAGUUAGAAAGUUAUGUUUCUAACCAUCAUGAGCUGCAGCAGUGUCAGCAGCAUUGUCAGUCGCAGCACGGCCAAAAGAAGCACCAGUGUAUGCAAGAAUGCCAAGAUCAAAUGAGGCAACAGGGACAGCAGCAAUGUCAGCAGCGUUGCCAAUCGCAGCGUGGCCAAAAGCAGCAUCAGUGUCUGCAAGAGUGCCAAGAUCAAAUGAGGCAACAAGGACAACAAGGACAACAACAAUAUGAGAAACAACAAUGUCAACAGAGUUGCCAGUCGCAGCGCGGCCAAAAGCAGCACGAGUGUAUGCAAGAAUGCCAAGAUCAAAUGAGGCAACAGGGACAACAGCAAUGUCAACAGCGUUGCCAAUCGCAGCGUGGCCAAAAGCAGCAUCAGUGUCUUCAAGAGUGCCAAGAUCAAAUGAGGCAACAAGGACAGCAGCAGCAGGGAGGCAGCACAGGAAGAGUUCAUCAGAACCCAAAUGUACAAAGAGAAGAGGAGCAGAUGAUUGGGGGUCAGAGGAACAAUCCCUUCUACUUCCCAUCACAGAUGUUUCAGUCACGGUUCCAGUCCAAUGAAGGCAGUCUUCAUGUGCUUGAGAGGUUCGGAAAGAGUGAGCUUCUUCGCGGCAUUAAGAACUACCGCUUGGCCAUCUUGGAGGCAAUGCCUAACACUUUUGUUCUCCCACACCAUUGUGAUGCUGAAGCGAUUUUUGUUGUUCUCAACGGACAAUGUAUCUGUACUCUUCUGAUGAAAGAUAGAAAGGAGUCCUUCAACAUGGAACAUGGAGAUGUGAUUAGAGUUCCUGCAGGGGCUACUACCUACUUAAUUAACAAUAACAAUGAUGAACCUCUUCAAAUUGCAAAGCUCAUCCGCUCUGUUAACAGUCCUGGCCGAUUUGAGGAAUUCUUCCCUGCUGGUUCUGGAAAUCCCGAGUCAUACUUCAGCGUUUUCAGCAAUGACAUUCUUGAAUCUGCCUUCAAUACCCCAAGAGAGCAGCUAAAGCAGGGAUUUAGACAACAAAGGGGCCAACAAGGGGGCCAAGGCAUAGUCAUGAGAGCCCCAAAGGAGCAACUUGAGGCAUUGAGUCAACGUCCUUCUUCAGCCAGGCGUGAAGGACGCCGACAGUCUCAGGGUCCGUUCAAUCUGAGACAACAAACACCUGUGCACUCCAACAACUAUGGCCAGUUCUUUGAGGCUCGCCCUGAAGAAUUCAAUCAGUUCCAGGACAUGGAUGUCUCAGUCAGUUGCAUAGAGAUGAACCAACAAACUAUGAUGGUGCCACACUUUAAUUCGGAAGCUACAUUCUUGAUGUACGUUGUGGAAGGAAAUGUACGUGUCGAAAUGGCGUGCCCCCACUUGGCAAGCCAAAUGCAAGGCCAAGAGAUGAUGGAACAACAAGAGCAGGGAGAGCACAGUGGAAGUUUCACGAAGGUCGCUGCUCAGCUGUCACCUGGUGAUGCUUUCGUUGUCCCAGCUGGUCAUCCUGUUGCCUUUGUUGCCCAGAACAACAAUGGCAACCAAAACCAGAACAUCCGAAUCCUGGGAUUCGGACUCAAUGCCCAAAACAACAUGAGGAACUUCCUUGCAGGGCAAAAGGAUAACAUAAUGCAGCAGAUGGAUAGGGAGGCUAAGCAGCUAGCAUUUGGGCAAGAGAUGGAAAGAAUCUUUGGCGAGCAGCAGGAAUCUUACUUUGUGCCAACUAAGAAGGGAAGAGGGAGAAGCCAUCCGUUGUCUUCAACUUUGGAGUUUGCUGGCGUAAUCUAAUUAACUUGUUUAGUUAAGAUAUCUAAGUAAUAUUAGUAGGGAAGAAAUACGAAUGCAGAGAGAGACUAAUGUGUAUAAGUACUACGUCGUAUGGGACGUAAUAAAA